AUGGCAUCUCAACAACAAGUUUCUUCUCCUCUCACAACAGGAACACCUUUUACACCUCAACGUUCUCAACAAGGGGAUGAGGAUGAAGAUGAUUUCCUCACCACUGGUAAUUCCGAUGCCAAAGUUUGGAAGUAUCGUAGAGAAAAAUACAUGGAAGCUCAAGUGAACGUUUCCAACUUUAUGGUCAAGCCUUUCUUAGUUGCUUUCUCAGCUGCUAUUGGAUUUUCAAUGGGAUAUGCUGUUUUUGAUUUCUUUGCAUCAUUCUUUAAGAGAAGAAGACAAUAA